AGGCUUGCUCUCACUCACACACACACUUGCCAGAGCUCAGAAGACAACGGGACAAAUUUCCAAGCAGCCAGCACACGCCAAGAUCCCGAAGUUCUGGUCGUCAAAAUGAUGGAACUUAAAGCCCUUAAGAUUCGGGUCACCUUCUGCAUUAUCUUGGUUGGGGUGUCCCUGAUGCUGGCUGCUGUUAUGAGUAACCACUGGGCUGUUAUGAGUCCUAAAGUGGACGAUUUCACCGUGCCCUGCGAAGUGGCACAUUUUGGGCUGUGGAAAUUGUGCACUAAGAAAAUAGUUGUGGAAGGGAAUGAUGUGAUCAGCAAGGUGUGUGGCCCACUCAGUCUUCCUGGAGACCUUAGUUGCUCAUAUUUCAAACACUUCACAUCAGGAGAAAAUGCUGAGAUCCUAGAAGUCACAACGCAGAAAGAGUACAGCAUUUCUGCAGCUGCGAUUGCCAUAAUUGGGGUUGGCUUCAUGACAAUGGGCACAGUGUGUACUCUACUUUCUUUCAAGCAAAAACUGGACUAUCUCCUGAAACCAGCUGGACUCUUCUAUGUGUUUGCAGGGCUGUGUAUGAUUAUCUCAGCUGAGGUCAUCAGACAGUCCGUGCACCGGAUGAUUGACAGCAAAGAGACCGUCUGGAUUGAGUACUAUUACUCCUGGUCUUUCGCCUGUGCAUGCUCAGCUUUCGUCCUCCUCUUUAUCUGCGGAAUUGCUCUGGUGAUCAUCUCCUUACCUCGGAUGCCCAGGAACCCAUGGGAGUCUUGUAUGGAUGCAGAGCCUGAAAUCUAAGAGUCCGUAGAUGGGAUUACUGCUGAAACAUUGAAGAGAAAUGUUGAGGAGGGGAUUAAAAUGGGUUUGGAGGCAAGAGAAUGUUCUUUUUACAAGACGCCAAAGACUGCUGCUUCUCAGAUUUCUCAUAUAUGCUCUGUUGAUUUUAUCUCCAUAGCCUGCUCAUUUGGAUGAAGAAGCUUUCUUACUGUAUAUAGAUAUAUAGGGAUGGUUAUAUAGUCGAUGAUUUAGUAAAAUGCAGGUAUGAGUGCAGUAUUCACUCUGUAACCUCCACUGUUGACUACUCACAACUGAGUUUUUGCCAGCCUCACCUCACCUCGCACUGCUGAGUUUCAGUAUAAAUGGAGACGGACACAGUUACAGUGUUGUAUUUAAAUUAUUAUUUCACUACUUUCAAAUAGCUUAGACAACCUGAUGCCAAGGCCUCUAGUGAAAAAUGUCUCUGUAAGAGAAAUAUUUCUAGCAGCCAAACUGUGACAGAUUCCUAAAAUGGUCCCAUCGCCUACAUAUUAAACCAAUAUCUGAACAGGCAGCCUAUAAAUAAACAUUGGUUACAUUUAUAGUUUAUUACAAAACUGCAUAGUUCCCUCUUUAUUUAUGCGUUACAUGCCUGCUUAAAGGCUCAGUGACAGGAGCUAUCUUCCUUUCUGGUUUCAAAUGUCCAUGACUGUGGCCCACUGGUGUCCUGUCAUCCAUGCUCCCUGUGCUACUGACAAGUAUUGUACGGUAGCAUGGAUCUGUAAGAAGUCUUAAGCUAACACUGCCAUUUUACUACACAGGGUCCUUCUAGUCAUCAUCAGAUCACCUGGUGAUUUGUUACUUUACAGACGUGAACAUUAAUACAGUUCAAUUGCAGACCACUUUGUGUUCAUAGACCAUUCAUAGACCAACAAAAAGUUGUAUAAUUAAUAUAUAUAAUUGACAAAUAAAGGGAUAGACAAUUAUGUUGUCUCUUACUAGCCAUGCUGUGAUAUUUGUGUCAUGGAGUGCUGGAUUAAGACACCAUGGGGCCCAAUGGAAUAUAAAAGUUUGGGCCCCCUAACUCCUCCAUUUGUCAAAACUCCCCCAAAAAACAUAUAUAAUGAGUUAGGGUAAUCUGAGCCCUUUAGCACACAAUGUGCCCUAGAUGGGAACCUAGAUUGCACGAUGGAUAUAUUUUCAUACUCUUCCAGACUAUUUGGGAAACUCACAAACCCUGGCAAAGCAGACCAGCCUCUCGAAUCUAGAGAGAAGUGGGUGGGCUUAAUUCGUGGAGAGUAGCGGGGGAAGGAGAGUGAUCACGUAAUUUGCAGUGUCAUAAACUCCCCUUCCCCCGGUCAUGCUACCAAUAACUACUCCAAUGCAGCCAUUAAAUCCAUCAAUACUCCCUAUCCCUAUCAGCUGCCUGGCUGAAACCAUGACAGUGGCACAAUGUAAACAUUACUCCGAGGAUAACACAUCAGUAAGAGACAGGAGUAAUUCAGACACGUACGAUUUUGUUUUUUUGUUAUUUUAUCAUUUUUAUGAACAAAUGGAAUGUUAAGUGGGAGAAUUUAGCAGUGAUGUCUAAUAUUGUAGGUUGGGUAGCAUCUGUGAAUGAUUACAGCUUUGUAUAAGUACAAAUGUCUUUAACCUUAAACAUAACAAUAAAGAAAAAGUUAAUUGUUAUUUGAGAGUGGAAGUAGUGUGGGAAUGUGUCCAUAUAACAUCAACUGCUGUAUGACGUGCCCACUUACACACCUGACACCUGCUUUCUGAGAGGUACUUAUAUCACACCCAUUCCAUUUACUAACCCAUUAUGUAAUUGUAAAAUAUAUCACAAUGUGGAUCUCUUAGCAUCAGAGAAAAGGGUCUUGGAAAUGGGUGUGUAUCGCGUAACUGGCGGUCGGGAGACCGCCAAUCACUAUAUCGACGCCGGGAUUCCGGCAUUGAGAUGCCCAGCAGGAGGGGGGGGGGGGGGCAGUGCAAUGAAGCCCCUUGUGGGCUCUAUGGUGAACGCAAGUUCUAUUCCCACUUUAUGGGUGUCGUGGGGAUAGUCCCUGAUAGUCGGCAUGCCAACUGUAGGGAUUGUGAGGGAACGGGAUGUACAGUAGGUGCCAGUAUUGUGACUGGCAGCCGGUCACAUAACUACAUCCCUUGGAAAUAACAGUUAUUCUAGGGCUUCAAGUCUAAUGGGCCCUAACCAUACCGAUACGGCAGAUGUGCGACCCAGAGGCGGACUAGAGGUGACGUGGGAGUGAAAUUUCUUCACUCCUCCCGUCACCUGGCUCCAUAUACGUGCAUGCUAAUAUGGACGAGAUUGUCCAUAUUGGCCUGCAUGAACAAGCGACCCAGCACCAACGAUGAACGAGCGUGGGGCUGCGCAUCGUUCAUCGUUGGUGCCUACACACUGAACGAGUUCUCGUUCAUUAAUGAACGAGAACGUUCAUAUCGAUCAGUGAAAUCGCUAAGUGUGUAGGGCCCAUAAAGCGUGGGACACCCCCAAGCCAGCCCAGCCAAACUACCCCAAGGCAUCACACUAGUGAUAAAAGAGAAGUGGACAGGAGUUUUAGAAAGAUACGAGUAGCUACUACUAUAUAGUGGGUUUGAUCACUGCAUUCAUAGGAACAUUUACAAUGUCCAAAUUAGAAGCUGGUGAGGUUUCUUCUCUCUAUCAGUAAUCAUUGCACUGUCUGUUACUUUGUUUCAAGUUUGUUUCAUUGUAAAUCACACUGAUUUAUUGCAGCUAUGAGUAAAUUGUAUUAUAUGA